GUAGAAGUUAAUAAGGAAAUAUAAUUCAUCGUCACAUAGAAGCCGUUGGAAUUAUAUUUGAGGGAUAUUAUGAGCUACACAUAUACUAUUAUAACAUAGAUACGUAUCCAGUUAGUAUUCAAAUGUUGAAGAAGUGUGACCUAAAAUUAUUCCAUUCCAUACAGACGACCAAAGUCUUUUAUUCAUAAAGAAAGAAAAUGGCUGAAAAUAAUUACGAAAGAUUUAAAAAAGUCUUAUAGGAAAUGAAAAAAUAUGGUGAAAAUUUUUGAAAAAAGUGAGACUUGUAUCAUUGGUAAGAUGUUGUUACGAAGCUGUAUCAUUUUAUCAUGUAUAACUUUGGUCAAAGGGGGAAUAGAAGAUAUUCGUACGGAGGGUUCGAAAGGAAAAUGCAUUGGCGACAUAGUCAAAAAGUAUUUCGAACGUGGCUACUCCAUGAGUGUGGUUCACAUGGGAAAUGACAACGAGAUUGUCGAAAUAUUGAACACAAAGGAACUGAAAACAAUAAUAUCCCGGAGUCCGCAGAGCAAUAUGAGUGUGAUGAAUGAACACUACGUAAUAGAUGCAAACAGUUCUACGUAUUUUAUAAAACAGUUCGAAUAUCUUGUUUAUGAAAAACGCUGGAAUCCUACCACGCGAUUCUUAAUUCUCAUAAAAAACCUCAAUUUGAACGACCUUUAUAAUGUAUUUGAUAUUUUACUAAAAUAUCACGUCGUCAACACACUUAUCCUGAACAACACUGCCGAUCCUGAAUUGUACACCUACAAUCCUUUCGAGAACUUUGGAUGCGGUCGAAGAUACGAUCGUAUCAUUGAUUUGGGGAAAUGUUCUAAAUCUCAUACCAAAAACCUCUACCCUAUCAAACUUAUAACUGGCUUAAGGAACUGCACUUUCAAUGUGACGUCAACACAUUGGCCACCUUUCACUAUAAAAAGGGCAAUUAAUAGUACUAAUGUGUUGGCUGGGAUAGAUGAGUAUAUAUUCAGAGAAAUAAGUCAACUAGAAAGUUUCAAUAUUGACGUAACUUUUAUGGAUAAUGGAGAAAAAUUCACAACAAUAUCCGAAAAUAUGUCAAUAGAUGGACCUUUGAAUUCUUUACAACAGGGAAAAGACAUGGUAUUUGGCGGACUUGUGUUGAUGGAGGCAAGGACGGACAUGUUUCAAUUCAUAUAUUUACAUCUGUUGGACCAAGAUUCCCUCGUCUACCUGGUGAAGAAAGCGGGACGUGUACAGGCUUGGAGAAACGCUUAUUUGGUAUUUCAAGUAGACGUCUGGUUAACUUUGCUCUUCAUAUUUCUAUUAUAUUUCCUGAUAUUCGUUUUAUUUUUUCGCCCUAAAGACAAACUUUGGGUUGUUCUGAAGAUGCUAUCAUUCAUGUUUAGUAGCGGCACAUGUAUUCGGGGAAGCUUUUUCAAGAGAUCUAUAUUCAUAGCGUGGGUCUGGUGUUCUUACUUCUUCUGUUGCUACUAUCAGUCGACCUUCUCGAGUAUCACAACGCACCCUGUAAUGGAACACCAAAUCGCUACCGUGGAGGACCUGAGAAGAUACAAUCUGCGGCCUUGUGUCAGCGAAACCAUAUUAGACUACAUAAAAGCAGCGUUAAAUAAUACACAGCCGUAUCAGACAGAUCAGCAGUGUAAGAAAUUAUUGGAGAGCAUAAAAUUUGUCAGUCAGUCGGACUAUGAAUAUUUUACGAUCGUGAACCAAUACAAAUACCAAUAUUAUAAAUUUGACUUCUACGACGAAUACGGAGAGCAAACGUUAUACAAAUUCGAAAAACCGAUCUUUAGUUCCUUGUACUGCGUUUACUUCAACAAAGGUUUUCCGUAUCUCGAUAAACUUCAAAUGCACGCACUGAGACUGAGAGAAAAUGGUAUGAUCAACGCUCACAUAUCGCGACUGUUUUGGGAGUUCCAACGGCAUUAUAAGUUCAAAACCAAGAAAAGCAAGGAGCUGGAAGUUGUGGUGCCGUUGUAUUUGAUCGGAUUCGGAUAUUUCCUAUCGACUCUGGUAUUUGUGGGGGAGAUUUUAAUUAAGAAAGUUCGCGAUAAAAACAAGUCUUAAUAAUUAAUAAAUUUAAAUACACCAAUUCUUUGUUCGUCGUUUGGAUAAGCUUCUGUUAAUGGGUGUGCAAUUUUCAAAAUGAUGCUUAAAAUAGUUAUAUGUCCGAGUCCAGGGAGUUUAAUUAUAAUUAGCAGUUUACAGUCUAAGAACGUGUUCCUCGAGUGUUGCAAGCAUAA